AUGUCACGGUAUGGGGGUCCUCCAGCAAAUAGCUAUGGCCAACCACAACAACGAUCGAGUGUCGUGUUUGGUACGUUCAGCCCAUCUCUGUGGCAUUGGAAAGAUGACGCUGACGUUGGGACCACCGGGUGUGCCGUGCUCAGUCGGCAACUUGCCGUUCGACUACACCGAGGAGCAGCUCAUCGAGGUAAGCGGAUUUCACGUGUCAAACGUAGAGAGUACUGGCGCUCAUAUCUGUUCUCUUUGACUACCGUCUGCAGACCUUCAGCUCUGUUGGACCAGUCGUGUCGUUCCGGUUCGUCCUCGACUUCGCAGAUCACCUGUGUCUUGCGACUCGCACUGAAGCUCAUCCAACCCCCAUCUUCCUUCACAGUCUUGUAUUCGAUCGUGACUCCGGUAAACCGAAAGGUUUCGGAUUCUGCGAGUACAAGGACCCGGAGACGGCGGCUUCGGCGUUGCGCAACCUUCAAGGGGUCGAGGUCGGUGGCCGUGGUCUGCGCCUCGACUUCGCCGAUACAGAGGACGCACCACCAUCCAAACGAGGUCCUGGAGCUGGUCCACCUCGGUAUGGAUCGGCAGCUGGCGGUGGCGGUGGUGCACACGGUGGACCGCCCGGAGCGCCGUCGUACGGGGGGCCCGCACCGACCCCUGCAUACGACCAAGCUCCGAGACCGCUCCCUACCGGUGUACCACUUGCACCUGGUCAAACAGCAUCUGACAACAUCACAAACACUCUCGGCACAAUGCCGCCGGGCCAACUACUCGACAUAAUGAGUCAGAUGAAGGUCAGUCCUGGCCUCGCAGCUUCGCGCCCUCACUUUUGGGGAUCUCUCGAAUGCUGAAGAACCCACCACGCUUGCCCUUGUUCAUUGGAUCACAGGCGAUGGUCACUGCGUCACCCUACGAAGCACGCACUCUCUUGACAACAAACCCCCAACUUUCCUACGCCCUGUUCCAAGGAAUGCUUCUCAUGAACCUAGUCGAUCCGGCCGUUCUCAACGUAGGUAUACUUCAGAUCACAAGCUGCGACCGGCGACACCGUUCUUACAAAGGCCUUUGUAUUUUGACGUACCUACAGAAAAUGCUACCUCAGGCCGCCCCCGCCCCCGCCCCGACACCAUAUGGUGGACCUCCGCAAGCCGCUGGCUACGGUGCACCACCUCAAUCCGGUUACGGCGGUGCCACCCCACUUCCAUCCGGCUAUGGCGCACCCGCAAACCCACCCUAUGGCGACAACGGCUACUCCCAACCACCUCCCAAAGCAGCACAAGCAGGGUAUGGUUCGGCGCCCUACUCGUACGGAGCUCCUCAACAAGCGCCACCAGCUGCGCCAGCGGCGGCGCCAAGAAUCGAUCCUCAACAGGCCGCUGUGAGCUCAAGAUGCAAAUGCUCAGGCUCUGGCUUAUGAUGUUCUACUGAUUUUUUCUUGCACUUCCGGACGACGCAGCUGAUCCAACAAGUGAUGGCGAUGACACAAGAACAGAUCGACAUGCUGCCGGCCGAGAACCGCAACACCAUCAUGCAGAUUGUGAGUUUUGGCUUGAAGGUGACGUCCUAG